AUGGAUUACCAACAACCUUGCGUAACGACAGGCGCCUGUCAUCAUCCCGUAUAUGCACAUCACAAUCAAGGGUUCACGCACACACACUCUGCGUGGUCGGGAGUGCCACAGUAUCCCUACGGCUAUGAGCAGCACACACUGGCUCCGCCAGUAGGCAACGUUUUCGCCCCCUCUCCGAUCAUGACUUCAGACCACACAACACCAGCUGAACCAGUAGCUGUUGACGGCCACAACGGGUACGCAAUCAUGCCUCAAGGACAACCUUUAAUGUAUCGGAAUGGUGUCGAGGUCGAGUACGGGCAACCUACCUCUCCGGCCGUAGAGUUCAACGUUGAUGAGCUUCUGGAGUAUCAACGACGACGUAGCAGUGCCACAUCCGAGGAGAAGGAACCUCUUACGCCAGCACAGCGACGACGAAAAGCACAGAAUCGGGCCGCACAGCGAGCGUUUCGUGAUCGCAAACGUCAGCGAGUGCAAGAACUAGAAGCCCAACUAUCAGCUCUGGAAGUACACACGAAAUCCCUGGAAACAGACAAUGAGAGACUCAAGCAUGAAUUGCUUGUGACGCGAGAAGAGAAUGAAGCUCUACGAGGCAUGAAUCGAACACAGCCGCCGACCAACACGAUGCAGCCUGAUCGGCGCAGAACAGUCGCAAAACUGGCGCAAGUAUACUUGCCGGCUCAAUAG